AUGCCCGUUGAGCUCCUUCGCCUCGCCAGCGAAAAAGGCCCCAAACUCGCCCUCAAAGUGGGCGGCGUCGUGUUGCUUUACCUUGUUAUAAAGAAGAUAGAAUGCCUUGUUAUUUGGUGGGCACAGCUCGAGGUUCAACAUCUGAGCCCCCAGUUAUCAACACUUCCAGCAAUGACCGCUGAUCCCAACACGGCUCCUGUCAUGACUCCAGUCAUUGACAAACACUGCAAGGAGAAGCCAAAUGCCCUGAAGAUUACCAGAUUGUCGACCCUUGCGGAUGGUUAUUCACUCUUCACUCAAGUCCCCAUCCGUGAAAAAAAAAGUCCAUUGAAUCAUUGA